GAUAAAAUAUUUUUCAAGAUAUACAUUCUCUUGGCGGAGAAAGAAGCGAGAGAGGCGAUGGCCUCUGUGGCUCAGCGCUACCCCGCCUUGAUCUUCCCAUCGUCUCUCUUCCGCAAGCCCGAUGCGCGGUGCGCUGCCACUGGCGAUGAUGGAUUCAAAGCGCCGGAUCGAGCAGCGGUGUCAUCGGCGGCUUCUUCUUCUCCGGAUUACAAGCCCUUGGAUCUUGGCCCGGCGGAGCUCAAGCUCUCAUUGCAAGACGAGCCGGCGGGCAAGAAGAAGGAAGAGGUGCGUAAGCUCGAGGUAGAAGGCGAGAUUGGAGCCAGCAGAACGAGGAUUUUGGAGGAAUUUCGCAAAGGACUCAAGGACAAGAGCGCUGGAGAGCUCGCAUUGUAUGGCGGAAUUGCCGGUGUCGGGCUUGCGAUUGGAGGCAGUGUGCUGAGCUCACUGGAGGUCUUGCCGCUGGUUCCCGAGGCGCUCCAGGCAGUGGGCGUGGGCUACUCGAUCCUCAUCGCUGGUCGAGCUUUGAAAGGGAAGAACAAUGUGCUCGUUGCGACUUCUCCGUUCAAGGCCAUCAGUGAGUUGGUCGACAGUAGCGAGAAUUCACGCGUCCAACGGACGACGGUAGUUCUUCCUCGCGAUAUGGACGAGGCUGUCGUGCAAGCGCUGGAAAAACUUGCCAAGGAACGCGACGCAGCAGUGAACAAAGUGGAAGAAAUGAAGCAAGCCGCUAGUGAUUUCGCCCGCUUGGCUGCUGAGAAGGAGGCUCUUGAAGCGGUCGCAAUGGAGCUUGUCAAGGAGAGGGACUCUGCAAUUUCCGAGGUGUCGGGGCUCAGAAAAGCUGUCGAGGCCAUGCAGGGGAGAAUCUCUUCCGUGGAGAAAGCUCUAGCUCAAGAAGUCCAACAAUUCAGGCAACAAAACGAGGCACUGGAGGUGCUAGCAUGUCAGCUGGCAACCGAGAGGGACUCGGCUUUACAGGAGGUUGCGAGGUUGAAAGAAAUGGCAUCCCAAAGCGAACGAUCCGAGGCAGAGAAGCAGUCUCUGGAAGCCGUCGCUUUGCGUCUCACCGAAGAACGAGACGGUGCUCUCCAAGAAUUGGAGCAGCUUAAAAAGGUUGUCGCGGAGCUUCGAGCAUCAGAUUCGGGCCUCACGCCGGAGCAAGAGCUCUUCAUAAAGGAGAAAGUUAGAGCUGCUAGAUCACAGUACAUUGAUAUCUCACAAGGCUAUGACAAACAGGAGAAGGAGGUGCAAACAUUCGUCUCCCAUCUUGUAGAAGAGUAUGGUGCGCCCCGAGAGUGGACUCUAAAUUACAUGAAACAAUUUCUAGACUCCAAGACUUUCGUGGUGAAUGAAAAUAGUCACACUGACUUCUGAUUUUCAAGCUGGUUUAUACAACACAUUUUGUAUGAGAGACGCCAUGGCUUUGCUGGGAUCUUUGAAGUUGUCCUUCUUGGGAUAGAUGAACUGGAAUAUCCGCGCUGUUUCAAACAUGAGCCUCUUGAUGCUUCGAGGAAUCUGGCUGGGUGUCAAGAACUCCUCAGUUAGCUCCUUCCAGCUUUCAUCUAUGAUUCCUUGCAAGUGUUCUAUGGCCUGGGAUUCAGUGAUGCCCCGGUUUUCUCGCAUGUAGCAUGUAAUGCUUGAGGCAACUUCGCCUUUCUCUCGUUCAAACUGGAAAGAAACCAUCACUUGUGAGUUGAUCAAGCGAUCAC